AUGACAAGAAACAUUCGAUUUCACCAAUUUUCAACUUCAACAUCAAUCCAUUCCCACCACAAUAACCAAACAUUCCCCAAAAAAACAUACCUACCUAUACCUCAUCGAACAAUCCUCCAACCAAAAGGACAAGACCUAGAUUUCAUCAACGUUUGUCACAGUCACAUAAUCCACUCACAAUGGGAAAAACUCAACCCUUUAUCAAAAACCCUAACCCCAUUCAGAAUCCAGCACAUCCUCCUAAAACUCCAAAACGACCACGUUCUAUCUCUCAAAUUCUUCAACUGGGUUCAUACCCAUAACCCUAAUUCUCACACCCUUCAAACUCAUUCCUUCCUCCUUCACAUUCUCACCAAAAAUCGAAACUUUAUAACAGCCCAAUCAAUUCUCAGUAGAAUCAUCACCGAUUCUAAUCUCUUUGAAUCAUUGCUUCAUUCCUAUCGUCUCUGCAAUUCUUCACCCCUUGUUUUUGAUACCCUUUUCAAGACAUUUGCUCAUAUGAACAAGCUAAGAAAGGCAACUGAUACUUUCGUUAGAAUGAAGGAAUAUGGAUUGUUUCCAACUAUUGAAUCAUGCAAUGCUUUUCUAAGUUCAAUGCUUUAUCUUAAAAGACCGGAAUUGGUUUUAUCGUUUUAUCAUCAAAUGAGGAAAAAUUAUAUUUCACCUAAUGUUUACACUCUGAAUAUGGUUGUUUCUGCUUGUUGUAAAUUAGGGGAAUUGAAUAAAGCUUCUGAGAUUUUGGAGAAGAUGAAGGAUAUGGGUUUGAGUCCUAAUGUUGUUACUUUCAAUGCAUUGAUUUCUGGUUAUUGUAAUAAGGGUUUACUUGGCUUGGCUUUAAAGGUUAAAACUUUGAUGAUGGGGAAUAAUGGGGUGUUUCCAAAUGUGGUUACUUUUAACACUCUUAUUAGUGGGUUUUGUAAAGAGGGGAAAAUGCAUGAAGCAAAUAGGGUUUUUAGUGAGAUGAAGUUGGCUAAUGUGGCACCUAAUGUUGUGACUUAUAAUACUUUGAUUAAUGGGUUUGGUCAAGUUGGUAAUAGUGAAAUGGGGGUUAUGCUUUUUGAGGAGAUGGAGAAGAGUAAGGUGAAAGCUGAUAUUUUGACUUAUAAUGGUUUGAUUUUGGGGCUUUGUAAAGAAGGGAAGACUAAGAAAGCUGCUUAUAUGGUUAAGGAGCUUGAUAAGGAGAAUUUGGUGCCAAAUGCUUCUACUUUUUCUGCUCUUAUUGCUGGACAGUGUGUUAGGAAGAAUUCUGAACGUGCUUUUCUGGUUUAUAGAAGCAUGGUGAGGAGUGGUUUUAGUCCAGAUGAGAAUACUUUUCGGAUGUUGGUGUCGGCUUUUUGUAAGAAUGAAGAUUUUGAUGGAGCUGUGCAAGUUUUGAAGGACAUGAUGGAUAGAUUCAUGACUCCUGAUUCUAGUAUUUUGUCUGAGGUUUGUACUGGACUUUGCAGGUGUGGGAGAAAACAGUUUGCAUUGAUGCUGUGUAGUGAGAUGGAAGCUAAGCGUUUAUUGCCACAAGGUUUUGACAAAGAAAAAAUAGUCAUAAGUAGUCAUGAAAAUGAUACAAGCAUUUGA